AAUGACGAUGGAGGAAAACUCGAUGCCAAUGCGGAAGUGUUCCCUGUUUCUGAUCAAAUGGAUAAAUGAAGAAGAGAAAAAUAAUCACAUAGAAAUGUAAAAGUGCUUUAUGCAUCUGUGCUGUCCAGCUGGAAUCAUCAUGUCCUCAGCUGGCCCAUUACAGUCAUCCCCUCGGCGUCUUACGGCAGGGGAUGAAGCCGGGGCGACGAGUGAACGUGGGAGUUACUUCUCAGACAGACAUGCUGGUCUUCUGCUGGCACAGAUGAACAAGAUGCGUCUCCGCUCAGACUUCUGUGACGUGAGGCUGCUGGUGGGCGGGCGGGUGUUUGGGGUCCACAGGCUGGUGCUGGCUGCCGGCGGCCCUUAUUUCUCUGCUCUGUUUUCUGGAGCAAUGAGUGAAGCCUACGAGGAGGAAGUUCGGAUCACUGGAGUGGAAGCUGAUGUAUUUGAAAUGCUCCUGGAGUUUAUUUACACUGGCUCUAUUGGUGUGACAGUGGACACUGUGCAGGAGCUGAUGGUGGCCGCAGACAUGCUGCAGUUGAAUGAGGUGGUGGAGAUAUGUGGAGAAUUCCUCCGAGCACACAUGGACCCCUCAAAUUGUGUGGGGAUCUAUCAGUUCCUGGAGCAGAUCGCAUGUAUGGACCACUUGCAGUUCACUGAAGACUACAUCCACGUUCACUUUUUAGAGAUUUGCUCUUCAGAGGAGUUCUCAGUGUUUUCUAAAGAUCAGCUGGUGAAGUUGCUCCGCAGUGAGGAGCUCUGGAUCGAGGAUGAGUAUCAGGUGUUCACUGCUGCCAUGGACUGGCUGCAUCAUGACGUGCCUCAGAGGAAGAAGCAUGUAGUGGAGGUCCUGGAACCUGUGCGCUUCCCUCUGCUGUCACCACAGAGACUCUACAAGUAUAUAGAGGGAAUUUCUGACUUCAGUUUGCGAGUUGCAUUGCAAACCCUGUUGAGAGAAUAUACCGAAGUCAACAAGUCCUCGAAAGAGAACAAUCCACUCAGCCUUCUGCAGACCGCCAAAACCCGACCCAGGAUAAAAGCCCGCAAGUACCUCUAUGCCAUUGGUGGUUACACUCGUUUGCAGGGUGGCCGCUGGAGUGACAGUCGAGCGUUGAGCUGCGUUGAGCGCUUUGAUUCGUUUAGUCAGUAUUGGACCACCGUGUCAUCUCUGCAUCAAGCCCGCAGUGGUCUAGGGGUGUCAGUACUGGAGGGUAUGAUCUAUGUAGUUGGGGGAGAGAAAGACUCCAUGAUCUUUGACUGUACGGAGCGCUAUGAUCCAGUGACUAAGCAGUGGGUGGCAGUGGCGUCUCUGAACUAUCCACGCUGUGGAGUGGGAGUCUGUUCCUGUCAUGGAGCACUUUACGCUCUUGGUGGCUGGAUUGGUUCAGAAAUUGGGAAGACCAUGGAACGAUAUGACCCAGCUGAAAAUAAAUGGGAAGUUAUUGGGAGUAUGGCCGUGCCUCGAUAUUACUUUGGCUGCUGUGAGCUGAAAGGCUUCAUCUAUGUGAUUGGUGGCAUCAGUGAUGAAGGCAUGGAACUGCGCUCGGCUGAGAUUUAUGACCCUAUCGCUCGGCGCUGGAGUGCCCUGCCUAUCAUGGUGACCCGACGGGCGUAUGUGGGUGUAGCUAGUCUCAAUAACUGCAUCUAUGCUGUAGGAGGCUGGAACGAGGCCCUGGGCUCACUGGACACUGUGGAAAAGUACUGCCUGGAGGAGGAGAAGUGGGUGGAGGUGGCGUCGAUGGCGGUCCCACGUGCUGGUGUAACAGUUGCAGCUGUUAAUGGUCUUUUGUAUGCAGUAGGUGGUCGAACCACUAGCCGAGACUUUUCAGCACCGGUCACUGUAGACUCUGUAGAAAUCUAUGACCCACACCUGGACACAUGGACGGAGAUUGGUAACAUGAUCACUAGCCGCUGUGAUGGUGGUGUGGCUGUGCUCUGAUUGGCCACAUCUCACUGUUUACAUUUACUAAUUGAUGUUUUCAUUCUCACCCAGCACUUACUCAACUCAACUGUUAUAACCGAUUAUACAGUGUUGAAUUUGUCAUCAUUUUUAACUUAUUGAAGACCGACACUUGGUGUAAUCAAUCUAAUGAAAACUGUUAAGUUGAGGACACACAUGGUAAAGUUAAUUGUAAAAACAGCAGUGUGGGUAUAAAAAAAAGUAUCAAGGUAUAACAUUUUUAACACCACUUGUGCGUUAUAUUUACCGCAAGCAAUUCAAAUGUUGGUGUAACAGCAUUCAUUGUGCUUUUAUUUAGUUGAUUGCUACUAAGUCAACUAUGAUUCUGAGUGUGGGUUAUUGCAAACAUUUAAAUUUUGCACAGAUAUCAAGUAAACAGGUAUAAGAUUUGACAUUUGAAAAAAAUAAAUAACCUGCUUAAAAGGUCAAUCAUUUCACCCAUUGAGUCUGAGUUCCUUUAUGUUUCAUUGUAUUGGUGAACCGCUUUGCAUUGCUUGAAAGCCCAAAAGACUGAGUUCCUGUUUCAUAUUUGUCUUUCAGAUCAAAAUGUUUUGUUACAUUUUGCACUUUUUUCUAUUGUUACUUAAUUGUUCUUUGUUUUUCACCAUCUAACCACCUAGAGUUUAUGGAAAUCUGCUUGAUGGUUGUAAAAUAUUUAAUUUAAUAUUUGAUUAAUAGAAACCAAAGUUUUGCCACACCAUUAAGAUUGAUGUCUGGCUCGGGGGGGCUUAGGUAGCUCAGCAAGUAAAGACGCUGACUACCACACCUGGAGUCGCAAGUUAGAAUCCAGGGCGUGCUGAGUGACUCCAGUCAGGCUUCCUAAGCAACCAAUUGGCCCAGUUGCUUGGGAGGGUAGAGUCACGUUGGUUUAACCUCCUUGUGGUCGCUAGAAUGUGGCUUGCUCUCUGUGGGGUGCGUGGUAAAUUGUGUGUGGAUGCCGCGGAAAAUAGUGUGGGCCUCCACACGCGCUACGUCUCCGCAGUAAUGCGCUCAACAAGCCACGUGAUAAGAUGCACAGAUUGACAGUCUCAGACGCGGAGGCAACUGAGAUUCGUCCUCCGUCACCCGGAUUGAGGCGAGCCACUACACCACCAUGAGGCCUUAGAGCACAUUGGGAAUUGGGCAUUCCAAAAUUGGGGAGAAAAUAAAUAAAAAACAAUGUCUGGCUCAACAGUAAACUCACACAAAUUCACACAGAUUCACUUCCUUGGCUAUCUUUUUCAAGUACAAUUACAUUUGUUUUGGAACUUUGUUGUGUGAAGAUGUAGCAAUAUAAGUAUUAAGGAUACUUUAGGAUACAAGUAUACUACCAAAUUACUAUUAAAUAUAACAUAAUGAAUGUAUUAAUGCUAUAUUAAAUAUGUACAUAAACACACACACACAUAAUAUUCAUAAAUAUAUUAAUUUCAUUUGCAGUGCUGACUCACUGGUAUAUAAAAUCAAAUGUAUUUGAAAUUUCUGGCACAUAAUAUU